AUGAAGAAAUUUGAGUUCUCAUCUGUACCCCAGGCGCAGGCGCACCCAACGGCCACCUUCACGGGUUCCGCCUUCUACAGCAUUUACAAAGAAGCAGAGUUCUUGAGGAAUAGUGCGAACAUUGAAACUAUCCUGUCCCGGGGGUACCAACUUCGACAGCGGCUGAAGAAAGAGACUCCUGGUGAAGUCAUCAAAGUUGAAGGAAUGAAUCUUGAAAAGAAUACACCAUUGCUCAUCAGGAAAACGGGUAACGGAGUUAUUGUCGAAGAUUUCGAGUUUACCUUCAACCGCCUUGCGGGGCUAGUAGCGGCGUACGCCUUCGAUAACCGUCACAGGUUCCCUAUCAUCAAAUCCAGUGAAGCUAUCACUCUUGGGCUCACUUGGGACAAUGGAAACGAAGCCAAAUGUAGGCUUUAUCUCUCUGCUGUGAGCGGGACGGAGCAUUUCUACGAUCAAUUCUCUUUCUGGCCUCUGGUCUGCGCUAUAAAGAAAAUCCAGUUGCAUAAAAUCCCGCCCCCUAUACUCGUUAACGUGGCCACAACGAAGAAUAAUCACGGCGUAAUACUGGCGAAGGAUUUCAUGAAGAAUAUUGCUGUCGUGAAGAAACUGUGGAUGUACUUCCCUGGUUGUUCACUAACUGAUCUUGACUCGCUCAUAGCUUCCGUUCCGCCUCAAAUGAAACGUUUGUUCUUUGACUGAACAACAUAUAUUUUUUUACUGUUUAUUAAUGGAUUUCUUUUUUUAUUACAAUCAUCCUGAGACUUCUUAUUGUCUUUAUAUAAGUCGUUCAUUGCGAUCACAUAUAGCUUUUAUCAGUUAUCGAAUAAAUGGUUGCAUACAUUUGA